AUGUCUACUACCUCCAAUGCGAUACCCACGCUCAUCAACCAGGAGACGACGACGAUAACGUUUUGCACAUUCGGAACUGCAGCGGCCGCAGCAGUGACGAGGACCACCACUGAAACCUUCACUGACUGGAGUGGAAACGAUGGUCCCAAGCUAGGCUAUUCUCCCAAUGUUCUAGUCAGCCAAGUUGAGGCUUUUGUGGACAAUUGUACACGUUAUUCAGAUUGUGAGGUGACCGUUUACCCGAACCCAGACAUCUCUGGGAAUGGGUACUUCGAGAUAGACUACGGGCCAGCAGGACACUACGAUCUAUUCGAGUAUCCGCCAUAA